AUGAAGUCGACAUUCACUUCUCUCUUGGCACUGGCUGCCGCGGCUACCGCCUUGCCUUCUCAAAAUGGGAAGCGUGCUGCUUGCUCUUCGGCCGUCAGUCUAGAUGCCAGCACCAACGUCUGGUCGUCUUAUACUCUGCACCCCAACUCAUUCUACAGAGCCGAAGUUGAGGCCGCAGCUGCCAACAUCAGCAACAGCACCCUGGCAGCCAAGGCUCUCAAGGUUGCCGACGUUGGUUCUUUCUUGUGGCUGGACACCAUUGCCAACAUUGACAAGCUCACCACCGAGCUCGCCAACGGUGUUCCGUGCGAGAACAUCUUCGGUCUGGUCAUCUACGACCUUCCUGGCCGUGACUGUGCUGCCAAGGCAUCCAACGGUGAGCUGGCAGCCGGCGACAUCUCCACUUACAAGACCCAGUACAUUGACCCCAUUGUCACCAUCCUCAAGGCCAACCCCAACACGGCCUUUGCUCUGAUCAUUGAGCCCGACUCCCUGCCCAACCUGGUGACCAACGCCGACCUCGCCACCUGCCAGGCCUCGGCCUCGGGCUACCGCGAGGGUGUUGCCUACGCCCUGGCGCAGCUGAACCUGGACAAUGUCGUCAUGUACAUUGACGCCGGCCACGGCGGCUGGCUCGGUUGGGACGCCAACCUCACCCCCGGUGCCGAGGAGCUCGCGAGCGCCUACACCAGCGCCGGAUCUCCAAGCCAGGUCCGUGGUUUCUCGACCAACGUCGCUGGUUGGAACUCCUGGGAUGCUGAGCCCGGUGAGUUCUCCGGCACCAGUGAUGCCCAGUACAACAAGGCCCAGAACGAGGAGAAGUACGUGACGCUGUUUGGUGCCGCGCUCUCCACCGCCGGCAUGCCGAACCACGCCAUUGUCGAUACUGGACGAAACGGCGUCAUUGGCCUCCGCGACGCCUGGGGUGACUGGUGCAACGUCAACGGCGCCGGAUUUGGCGUGCGGCCCACGGCAUCGACGGGUCUCGAGCUCGCCGACGCCUUUGUCUGGGGCAAGCCCGGCGGCGAGUCGGACGGCACCAGCGACACGUCGGCCACGCGCUACGAUUCCUUCUGUGGCUUGGCCGACGCCUUCAAGCCCUCGCCCGAGGCCGGUACUUGGAACCAGGCCUACUUUGAGAUGCUUCUCGAGAACGCCGUCCCGUCCUUUUAA